CAGACAAUCAGAACCCGGAUGUGUUGGCAUGAAUUAAACCCAAUUGAAUAAUGGUGAAUAAGUCCGGUUCACAAUGUAUGUAAUGGCACAAGGGUUAGAUUUCCGGCUUGUUUUUGCUGUAUCAACACCUCUCACCGCUCGAUUGAUUAGGAGUCGGAGAGGUGAAAGGCUGGUUUGAUUGGUUGGUUGCUGAUUGCGGAGCUGUUUCGGCUGAAGAAACAACGAUUUUGUGCUGGUUUUUCGCGGUUACGUAAUCAUAUGGAUUUGGUUACAAGUUGUAAGGAGAAAUUGGCAUAUUUUCGAAUAAAAGAGCUCAAGGAUGUUCUAACACAUCUUGGUUUAUCUAAGCAGGGAAAGAAGCAGGACCUAGUUGGUCGGAUAUUGACAAUUAUCUCUGAAGAGCAAGGUUCUGGAAUGUUGGCGCCUAAAAAUGCUGCCAGGAAGGACAUGGUGGCAAAACUUAUUGAUGACACAUACAGAAAAAUGCAGGUCUCCGGUGCAACAGUUGACAUAGCAUCCAAAGGGCAGGCUGUUUCAGAUACCAGUAAUGUGAAGCUUAAUGAAGAUCCUAAAGAUUAUUAUCAAAUGGAAAAGAUUCGGUGUCCCUGUGGCAGUUCAUUACCGGAUUCAUUGAUUAAGUGUGAGGACUCACAGUGCAAUAUAGGACAGCACAAAAGUUGUGUCAUUAUUCCGGAAAAAUAUGCAGAAGGUGUUGUACCAGUUCCUCCUGAGAAAUUUUACUGUGAGCUUUGCAGACUGAGUCGUGCAGACCCAUUCUGGGUGACAGUUGCAAAUCCUUUAUAUCCUGUGAAGUUGAUCACUACGAAUCUUCCAACUGAUGGUACCAAUCCAGUUCAGAGUAUUGAGAAAACUUUUCAACUUACAAGAGCGGACAAGGACUUGUUGGCAAGACCAGAGUAUGAUGUUCAGGCAUGGUGUAUCCUUCUAAAUGACAAGGUCUCCUUUAGAAUGCAGUGGCCGCAAUAUGCAGAUCUACAGGUCAAUGGUGUGCCAGUGCGAGUAAUAAAUAGACCUGGUUCGCAAUUAUUAGGAGCCAAUGGUCGUGAUGAUGGUCCUGUUAUAACACCUUGCACCAGAGAUGGAAACAAUAAGAUUUCCUUGACAGGAUGUGAUGCUCGAGUAUUCUGUAUGGGCGUAAGAAUUGUAAAGAGGCGUACAAUUCAACAGAUUCUUGCGCUGAUUCCAAAGGAAUCUGAUGGAGAGCGAUUUGAAGAUUCUCUUGCCCGUGUUCGGCGGUGUGUUGGGGGUGGAGCUAGCACAGAGAAUGCUGAUAGCGACAGUGAUCUGGAAGUAGUUGCUGAUUCUAUUCCGGUUAAGCUGUGUUGUCCUAUGAGUGGCUCAAGAAUGAAGGUCGCUGGAAGAUUUAAACCUUGCGUCCACAUGGGAUGCUUUGAUCUUGAUGUGUUCGUGGAAAUGAAUCAAAGAUCACGAAAGUGGCAGUGCCCUAUUUGUCUAAAGAAUUAUUCUUUGGAGAAUAUCAUUGUUGACCCAUAUUUUAAUCGCAUUACAUCAAAGAUGCUAACUUGUGGGGAAGAUAUAACGGAUAUUGAGGUAAAACCUGAUGGUUCUUGGCGUGUGAAGCCGGUAAAUGAAAGAAGAGGUCUUGGGGAUCUUACACAAUGGCACUUCGCCGAUGGCACUUUGUGUAUGCAGACAGACAAAGAAGCUAUAUCUAAGUACGAAGGAAUCAAUCAAGUUAAACAGGAAUGCACUUCAGAAAUACAUACUGGUUUAAAGCUUGGGAUAAAAAAGAACCAUAAUGGGAUCUGGGAAGUCAGCAAACCUGACGACUCCUUUGGGAAUAGACGACAAGGUAAUCUUGACAAUAAUGGUCAUAAUAUAAUAAUGAGCAGCAGUGCCACUGGAAGUGGUAAAGAUGAAGAUCCCAGUGUCAAUCAGGAAGGGGGUACGAACUGUGAUUUCACGACGAACAAUGGGAUUGAGCUCGACUCUGUUCCUCUCCUCACUGACCCAUUAUAUGGAUUUGGGGACCAAAAUCUAUCUGCACCUAUAGGAGAGCCUGAUGUUAUCAUCCUCAGUGAUUCAGAAGAAGAAAUUGAGCCUAUUAUGUCUUCUGGACCAACUUAUAAAAGCAAUGGAUCAACUGCUGGAUUUACAUAUACAGUUCCUGCACAAGGAAUUUCAGAUCCUUAUCCUGGAAAUUCUACCAUUGAUCCUGCAGGGGGGUCGAGUCUGGGACUUUUUAAUACUAAUGAUGAAGAAUUUGGGGUGCCUCUCUGGCAUUUACCACCUCCUAAUCAAGGAGGCGCGGGUUUUCAGUUAUUUGGCUCUGAAGCAGAUAUCUCAACUACAAUAGUUGAUCUGCCACAUGUCUCACGUCCGUUAAUAAAUAGCUAUUCACUAGAUGCCGAUACCCCAUUGGGCUCAUCUGCUAUUCUCCCCGACUCUUCUUUCCAUAAUUCUAUCGACACCCAUGAUAGACUGGUUGAUAACCCCUUGGCCUUUGGUAGAGAUGAUCCCUCCCUUCAAAUUUUUCUUCCUACAAGGCCGUCUGAUGAAACAGUGCAGACUGGUCUGAGCGGCCAACCAGAUAUGUCACAUGGAAUAUCUACUGAGGAUUGGAUUUCUCUGAGGAUUGGGAACUGUAACAAUGGAACUCACGUUGAGCAUACAGCUGCAAGUGGUUCAAAUCAACAGCAGCAGUUACCCUCAGAAGAAGCCUCUUUGCAUCUUGGUAGGAAUGACAACAGAUCUUCCAACCUUUCUUCAAAUGACAGUAGACCCCGCAAUACAAAUAGAGAAGAAUCAGCUUCAGAGAGAAACGCCCUUGAUUGCUGCCCUCUUGAUUUGUGCCUUCAGAUUGGCCAAUGUGGUGAUCUAUCUAGAGUUAACAGUUAGUCUGGUCUGUGAUAUACGAUAUUGAAGUCUGACCAACAUUUUACUUGUCCACAAGAGUUUUGGGUACAAAGGUGCACAGAGUAGAACCAGUUUAAAGUUAUUUACAGUUUGAACAUUAGUUGGAACUCAGCGAUAUAUAUUUGUUGGUGAGCUGUCAAUUUUUUUUUUUUGGUCAAUUUUCAGAAUGUUUUAAACUUUAUAUGUACAAGUUUCUUAUUGUG